AUGCCACAAGGGGAUAAGAGAAAAUUGUUUGCUCAACAUCAAGAAGGUGCAAGAAAGGAUAUCGAACGAGCAUUCAGAGUUCUACAAUCCCGUUUUGCAAUCAUACGUAACCCGGCUCGAUCUUGGCACUUGGAUGCACUGAAACGUAUAAUGAACACGUGCAUCAUAUUGCACAACAUGAUUGUUGAAGAUGAACGUGCCACCUAUGGGGGGAAUUUUGAUUAUUCUUAUGAUCAUUUGGGCAAUUACCCAACUGCACCACCAAACGAUUCUAAUAAUGAUUUUCAAGAGUUCUUACGUAGAAGACAUAAUGUUCGCGAUAAGCAAAUUCAUCGACACCUUCAACAGGACUUGAUAGAACACAUAUGGGAACGUUUUGGUCAUGAGAAUAACCAGAAUUAG